CAUCCCGAGCCUCUCCUCUGACCGUUAGUGACCUCAGCUUCUGCAGCACAACUUGGACCGGCGCUGCUCACGUGCACACACACGCGCACGCUCCCAAAUUGCAAAGAAAUACCCCCACAGGAGAGAUGGCCGGGAUUUUCGGGAAGAUCUUCGUGGGCAUUUACGUGGAGAUAAAAAGGAGCGACGGACGAAUACACCAGGCCAUGGUCACAUCACUGCACGAGGACAACGAGAGUGUGACAGUGGAGUGGAUCGAGAAUGGGGACACCAAAGGCAAAGAGAUCGAUCUAGACAGCGUCUUUGCUCUGAAUCCAGAUGUUGCUCCAGAUGAAGAGAUUCCACAGAGUCCUGAGGCUCCUCUUCCACCAUCCUCUGUCCCCAAAGCCAGCAAGGUCCCCAAGACCAGACGAAUCACAGCGAUACCGAAGGCAGAGAACGCUCCUCGGGAGAACAGAGCUGCAGCAGUGGGCACCACUCGGGCCCGUCCCAGCCAGCACAGCCAAGCUGCAGAGCCUCCCCCACCAGCCAUAGCUCCUCAGCCAGCACUCAACCAGACCCUGAUACAGCAGCAGAACGCACGGAGGAAAUCCAACUGUGUGAAGGAGGUUGAGAAGCUACAGGAGAAACGAGAAAAGAGACGACUUCAGCAACAAGAACUCAGAGAAAAAAGGGCACAAGAGGUGGAUGUCAAUUUACCCAACUAUGAAAUCAUGUGUAUGAUCAGAGACUUCAGAGCCAGUCUGGACUACAGGCCUUUAACCACAAAUGAUCUGAUCGAGGAGCACAGGAUAUGUGUGUGUGUUCGUGCUCGUCCACUCAAUAAGAAAGAGUUGUCCGUGAAGGAUUUAGACGUGAUCACCAUCCCCAGUAAGGACGUAGUGAUGGUCCAUGAGCCCAAGCAGAAAGUCGACCUGACCCGCUACUUGGAGAACCAAACCUUUCGCUUUGAUUAUGCCUUUGAUGAAAAUUCCACCAAUGAAAUGGUUUACAGGUUCACUGCUCAGCCUCUGGUUGAAACCAUUUUUGAGAGGGGAAUGGCAACCUGCUUUGCUUAUGGACAAACUGGAAGUGGAAAAACACAUACAAUGGGGGGAGACUUCUCAGGAAAGAACCAGGACUGCUCUAAAGGGAUUUAUGCACUGUCUGCAAGGGAUGUCUUCCUCAUGUUAAAGAAGCCAAACUACAAGAAGUUAGAUCUUCAAGUCUUUGCCACAUUUUUUGAGAUCUACAGCGGGAAGGUGUUUGACCUACUGAACCGUAAAGCCAAACUCCGGGUCCUGGAGGACGGGAAGCAGCAGGUCCAGGUGGUGGGGCUGCAGGAGAGGGAGGUGAAGUGCACAGAGGACGUCCUCAAGCUCAUUGAAGUGGGAAACAGCUGCAGGACGUCUGGUCAGACUUCAGCUAAUGCCCAUUCUUCCCGGAGCCACGCCGUAUUCCAAAUCAUUCUGCGUCGGCGGGGAAAAAUGCACGGAAAGUUUUCUCUUAUUGACCUGGCGGGGAAUGAGAGAGGGGCGGACACUUCCAGCGCUGACCGCCAGACUCGCCUCGAGGGAGCUGAGAUCAACAAGAGCCUGCUGGCGCUCAAGGAGUGUAUUCGGGCUCUGGGACGAAACAAACCACACACCCCAUUCAGAGCUAGCAAGUUAACCCAAGUACUGCGGGACUCAUUCAUUGGAGAAAACUCCAGGACCUGCAUGAUUGCAACUAUCUCUCCUGGGAUGGCAUCCUGUGAAAACACCCUGAAUACACUGAGAUAUGCCAACAGAGUAAAGGAGUUUGGCAUAAGUCCCUCAGACAUCCCCUUCUCUCAGAGUGGGGGUGGAGGGGGGCGUUCUGAGCUCUCCCCUACUUAUGAGGUGAAGGAGCUCACGGUGGACCCCACAGCAGCUUUGGACAGCCGUCAGGGAGGACAUGUCACCCAGCUGGAGGUGUUGGAGGCUCAGUGGGGAGUGGGGAGCUCCCCACAGAGAGACGAUCUGAAGCUGCUCUGUGAGCAAAACGAGGAGGAGGUUUCCCCUCAGCUCUUCACUUUCCACGAGGCGGUGUCUCAGCUGGUGGAGAUGGAGGAGCAGGUCCUGGAGGACCACAGGGCUGUGUUCCAGGAGUCAAUCCGCUGGCUGGAGGAUGAGAAGGUCCUUUUGGAGAUGACAGAGGAGGUGGACUAUGAUGUGGAGUCAUAUGCAACUCAACUUGAGCAGAUCCUGGAUCAGAAGAUAGACAUCCUCACUGAGCUGAGAGAUAAAGUCAAGUCUUUCCGCACUACGCUACAGGAAGAGGAGCAGGCUAGCAAACAAAUAACCCCCAAAAGGCCUCGUGCACUAUAGACACCCCCCCACACACACACAUACAUAUGAUGUUUCAUUGUAACAUUGGCUCGUCCUCAGAGAGGUGAAGGCCUGAGGGUCACUGUUGAAGAAAGAGCUGAUGUAGCUCAGCUGUGAUGUUAUGACCUGGUGUCUGUGUGUACGCUCUCUGCUGUACAGGCUGCAGUCGCUUCCAUCAUCCAUCCGUCCAUUUGUAAAACCAAAGAGCACAAUGUCUUUGCUCUUUCAUUCUCCUGCAAAGUGUAUUUAUAAGGUUUCUGUAUUUGUGUAAAGUCACAAGUGCUUCACUUUAAACAAAAAAAGGGUAAGUUAUUUGUUUAAAAUGAAAUUUUUAUAUUGUCAGUCAUGGGUUAUCCUCACUUUGGCCAAUUUUAUAAACAGCUGUUGCCAUUUUGUGCAAUACUCCGUCUCAUUUGGAGGAUUUUCUUCCUGCCCUUCCCCUUGUUUCAGCUUCGGGUCGAGUGGGGCAAGUCGAGUUUGUGUGUAAAAUGAGCCACUGUGUGUUUGUGUUCAUACUGUAUGUAAAAUAGGGUUGACUGAGAAAAAAAUACACAAGACUAAUGUUGCAUUACAUUGAAUGGCCUAACAGGGGCGCUAUAAUCAAAGGGUAUGUCAGACACAACAGUUGUGUGUUCCAUACAUUAACCGCGAAUAGAGAUUUCUCAUUUGUCAUAAUAAAACAAGCCUACUUCUUGC